AUGCUACCUGUGGCCCCUUCACCACUUGCAACGGCACUUCCUCCCUUUCCUUCUGCGACUGCAUGCCGAGCUUCUCUCAGAAGUCACCCCAGGACUGGGAGCUUGAUGAUCGAACAGGAGGCUGCAUCAGAAAUACUCCGUUACACUGCACCAGUGAGAAAAAACACGACAAGUUCAACAGACAUUUUCCGCCCCAUUCCUCAUGUUACAUUGCCCUAUAACUCCCAAAGCGUAGACGGUGUCAACUUUCAGAGCAAUUGUGAGGAGGCUUGUCUCAGUUCCUGCUCCUGCACUGCUUAUUCCUAUAACAGUAGCAGAUGCUAUGUAUGGCAUGGGGAAUUGUUCAGUGUGAAUCAGCAUGACGGCAUCGAUAAUAAUUCUGAAGAUGUUCUUUAUCUUCGCCUUGCCGCCAAUGAUCUGCCAAGUUUGACAAGAAACAAAAGAAAACCAAGUGUCGGAGUUGUUACUGCAGCAAGCAUUAUUGGUACUGGGUUACUGAUGCUCAUGUUGCUGUUAAUGAUGUGGCGAAAAAAAUCCAAAUGGUGUGGUACACCAUUGUAUGACAGCCAAGGUGGUGGAGUUAUAGCCUUUAGAUACACUGAUUUAAGCCAUGCUACUAAAAAUUUCUCAGAAAAGCUUGGAGCAGGUGGUUUCGGUUGUGUAUUUAAGGGAGUGCUUAGUGGCUCAACAACUAUAGCAGUGAAAAGGCUUGAUGGUGCCUGUCAGGGAGAGAAGCAAUUCAGGGCUGAGGUGAGCUCACUUGGAUUGAUCCAACAUAUCAACCUAGUAAGAUUGAUUGGUUUCUGUUGCGAAGGUGAUAAGAGGCUACUUGUGUAUGAACACAUGUCAAAUGGAUCUCUUGAUGCUCAUCUAUUUCAGAGCAACGCGCUGCUGGCAUUAACUGGAGCACCAGAAAAUAUACUUCUCGACGCGUCAUUUGCUCCUAAAAUCACAGACUUUGGGAUGGCAGCAUUUGUUGGAAGGGAUUUUAGCAGAGUUUUGACUACAUUCAGAGGAACUGCAGGGUAUCUUGCCCCAGAGUGGCUUGGUGGAGUCGCUAUUAUAUCAAAAGUUGAUGUUUAUAGCUUCGGUAUGGUGCUGCUAGAAAUCAUAUCAGGUAGGAGAAAUUCACCUGAGGCACAUAGUAGCAACAAUUAUCAUAUUGAAUAUUUCCCUAUGCGAGCUAUCAGCAAGCUUCACGAGGGAGAUGUGAGGAGUUUGGAGGAACCACAGCUACAUGGUGACUUCAAUUUGGAAGAGGUUGAGAGGGUUUGCAAAGUUGCAUGUUGGUGCAUCCAGGAUAAUGAGCUUCAUCGGCCGACAAUGGGUGAAGUGGUCCAUGUUCUUGAGGGUCAGCAGGAGAUUGAAAUGCCCCCGAUGCCAAGGUUGCUUGCAGCAAUCACACAAGACACUGGAGCUAUCACGGAAAGCUCUAAUGCAUCUUCGAUGUGA